ACUUCCGCUUCCGAAUGUCUAAUGUCUGAAUAUCAAGCUAACUUCACCGUGGUCGCACACACUAAACAAUUUACAUCCGGUUAGAUUAACCGUGCUUUCAGCACUCUUUAAGUGAUAUUUUAAACGCUUUAGUAAAAUUCUUAAUGGGUCUUUUUCCCUAGUAGUGAUCAAACUCUAGAAACAAUACUUCAUGUUAUUGAACAUGUAACUUUCAUUUUUUACGCGAAUUCUCGCGCGAUUGAUAGAAAAUGGCUUCCGACAAAGACGCAACAAUGCCUAGGAUAAGGAGGGAAAUUAACAGCCCACCUUCCAAAAUGUCUGAGCUGAGGAUUGUUCUGUUUGGAAAGAGUCUCAAAAACACCAGCAUGGUAGGAAAUUUUAUACUGGGAACAUCUGCAUUUCAGACUGGAGAUCCUCCAGAUUCAGUCAAGCAACACAGUAAGAGUGGACAUGUGGAAGGAACGUACAUCACCAUCAUCAAUGCAGCUCAUUUAUUUAACUCACAACCAAAACCUGAGGAACUUAAAGAGUGUGAAGAUCUUUGUGCUCCAGGACCUCAUGCAUUUUUACUUGUGAUAGAGCCUGACGACUUCACAGAGGAAGACAACCACCAACUGGAAUUCUUUCUUAACUGCUUCAGUAAACAAGCACUAAAGUAUGCCUUUGUGAUUGGUAUAACACAGGAUUCUGGGGUACGGUCAAAUGCUUUUGAAAAGUUAAUAGUGGAAUGUGGUCACAGGUAUUGUAAAUAUAAGCAACUACAGAAAAAUAAGAAAUCACGUUGUCAGCUUUUUGAAGAAAUCAGAAGCAUGGUCAAAAAGAAUGGAGGAGAGUUUCUUAUUUGUGAGAGUUUUAAAGACGUGUGUGAUGAAAACCUUGAAAGAGAGGCUGAGAGGACAACACCAGAUCUUUCUGAUGACACAAAGCAAAAAUCAUCUUCAGUGGGAAAUGUCUUGGGUAAAAUUGAUGCAGUAAUGACUAGGAAGAGAAAACAAAGUAAGAGCCCACCUCCCAAAAUGUCUGAGCUGAGGAUUAUUCUGUUGGGGAAGAGUCUCCAAAAUACCAGCAUGGUAGGAAAUGUUAUACUGGGAAGAGCUGUAUUUCAGACUGAAGAUCCUCCAGAUUCAGUCAAGCAGCACAGUGAGAGAGCCAGUGGACAUGUAAAAGGAACGUACAUCACCAUCAUCAAUGCAGCUAAUUUAUUUAACUCGCCACUAAAACCUGAGGAUCUGAAAGAGUGUGUAUAUCUUUGUGCUCCAGGACCUCAUGCAUUUUUACUUGUGAUACAGCCUCACGACUUCACAGAGGAAGACAACCACCAACUGGGAUCAUUACUAAAAUGCUUCAGUAAACAAGCGCUAAACUAUGCCUCUGUGAUUGGUAUAACACAGGAUUCUAAAGUGGCCAAAUCUGGAGGACAGUCAGAAGCUUCUCAAAGGUUAAUAGAGGAAUGUGGUCAGAGGUAUUGUGUAUAUAAGCAAAUAGAGAAAAAUAAGAAAUCACAUUGUCAGCUUUUUGAUGACAUCAGCAGUGUGGUCAAAGAAAAUGAAGGAAAGUUUCUCAUAUGUGAAAGUUUUAAGGAUGUGCAUGAUGAAAACCUUGAGACAGUGGGAGAGCGAACAAGACCAGAUCUUUCUGAUGACACAAAGGAGAAAUCAUCUUUUAUGGGAAAUGUCUUGGGUAAACUUGUGCCAAGAAGUGAUUCCUCAUUGCCAGAGCUGAACUUGGUGUUGUGUGGAAGUGAUGAAGCACUGAAGACCUCCAUAUCAGAUCUCAUAUUGAGCCUGAGAAAGGUGAAGACUGGAGAAGUCUGUGGACACCGUCUCAGGCUGGAGGUGAUGCCAGCUCUCUACAACACUCAGCUCUCAGACAAGGAAGUGAUGAACAAGAUUCUCCACUGUUUCUCUCUUGAUAAUCCUGUCCACGCUUUUCUUUUCAUCGUUCCUGUUGGUCCUCUCACAGAUGAUGAGAAAGGAGAAAUCGAGAUGAUUCAGAGAACAUUUGGUUCAAGUGUCUGUGAUCACAGUGUAGUUCUUUUUACCAACAAGAACUUUAAUGAAGCUGCUGCAAUUAACUUUGUAGAACAAAGUUCGGAAAUGGAAGAACUUCGAUGCCUGUGUGGGGACAGAUAUAUGAUCUUGAAGAAAAGAAAAAAAAAUAGACAGAAGCAGGUGGCAGAACUGUUAGAACAAGUAACAAAUAUGAAGAAGAUUUAUUCUCUCCAAAUGUAUAUUGAGGCACAGAAAGAUGGAGCAAGACAGCCACUAGAGGAGGAACUGGCUAAAAUGAAAAACAGAAUCAGGCAACAACAGGGAACAUGUGCUGAGGGUGAAAACUCUGACUCCAAUUGUUUGAGAUUAUUUCUGAUUGGGAAAAUAGGAAAUGGGAAGAGUGCAACAGGAAACACCAUUCUAGGAAGAGAAGAAUUUGAGAGUGACCUCUGCAUGAAUUCUAUGACAAAAAUGUGUCAGAAGGGCAUUGGAGAAGUGCAGGGCAGAUCAGUAGCUGUUGUGGACACUCCAGGACUCUUUGACACCACACUCUCAAAUGAAGAGGUAGCAGAAGAAAUUGGGAAGUGUGUCUCAAUGCUGGCACCAGGACCCCAUGCCUUCAUCAUUGUGCUGAGUGUGGGAAGGUUUACUGAGGAUGACAAAGUAACACUGAAUCUGAUUAAGAAGAUGUUUGGUCCUGAGGCUGCAAAGUACAGUAUAGUGCUGUUUACUGGAGGAGAUAAACUGAAAAAUAAAACACUUGAAGAGUAUCUCAAAACUGGUAAUAGUCCAUAUGUGAACAAGUUAAUCAAAGACUGUGGUGGAAGAGUUCAUUUGUUUAAUAACUGUACAGAAGAUACCACUCAAGUUAACAAGCUUCUCCAAAUGAUUGAAGAAAUGAUAAAUUUCAACAGAGACAAUUACUUUACUAAUGAGAUGUUUGAGAUGGCAGAGAUGUCGAUACAACAGAAACAAAAGCAGAUACUGAAAGAGAUUGAGGAUAAAAUGCAAGCUGAAAAAGAGGCUCUGAAGGUCAGAUAUGAAGAAGAACUGGAACAGGUGAGGAAGAAUAUGGAUAAAGAGAGAGAGAUGUUGGAAGAGGAAAGAUGUAAAAGAGAAAACAUAUUUAAAGAGAAGGAAGAAGCACUGAGGCAAGAAUAUGAGAAGAGAGAAGAAGAACAGAAAGAGAAAUGGAAAAAAGAGAACCAAAGAAGAGAAGAAGAGGAAAAACGACAGACUGAAGAAAAUAAACGCAGGAUGGAUGAGAUGAAGAAAGAACUAGAAACUCAAAAAGCUAAAUUUUUCCAACAGCAAACUGAAAGAGAAGAGGAGGACAGAAAAAGGGCAGAGAAAGAGAGAGAGAUUAAAGAACACUUUGAGCAAAAACAAAAGGAAGCACUUACACAACUAAAACUCAAACAGGAAGAAGAGGUCAGAAGGAGAGAUGAGGAAGAGCAAAAGAGAAGAAAAGAACAGGAAGAAGAGAGAGAAAAAUGGAAGAGAAAAAUGAAGGAGGCAGAAAAUGAUAAAAAAGAAAUUAAGGAAGAUAUUGAAAGGGAACUGAGAGAACGGGAGAUGCAAUGGAAAGAGCAGAUGAGAGAGAGGGAUGAUGAAGACAAGAGAACUAAAGAGAGACACGCUGAAGAACUGAGAGCACAAGAGGAAAAUCAGGAGCAAAUGAGGAAAGAAUUUGAAAGGGAAAGAGAACGAGAGAGAAAUGAGUGGCAAGAGACAACAAAGAGGAAACAAGAUCAAUUAGAGAAAGAGUAUACGGAAAGCAAAAAGAAAAUAACGCAGGAGUAUGAGGAACGGGAAAAAGAGAGGAAAGAAGAUUGGAAUAAAAGAAUCCAAGAGGAAGAUGAAAGAAGAGAAGAAGAGAUACAGAGACUGAAAGAGGAGAUAGAAGCAGAAAGACAAGAGGAGAUAAAAAGGAGAGAGAAAGAAGACAAAGACCGUGAUAAAAUGAAAAAUGACUAUAAGAGGAAAAUGAAAGAAAUGAAGAACAAAUAUCAGGAUGGGGCUAGAAGGAGAGCUGAGGAGAUCAAUGACCUAAAAGAAAAACACAAAAAUCAUAUACAAGAAUUGAUUAACAAACAUGAACAUGAUUAUAAGCUUCUCAAGGAUCUGUAUGAAAGUACCAAUAAAGAAUCAGGUGAAGAAUCUGAUUGGUGCGUUAUCCUGUGAAAGCCUGAUCAUACUUUUUUGACAUUUACAUUCAUGAGACAAAAAAAAUCUACAUUUUACUACUUUUCCUUCUCCUAAUCAUUAUUAAUGUAGAGUUCCUAGUCUUAUUAUUAUGUCUACAUUUGAAGCUGAUGGCAUCUAAUUGUGCUGUAAGUUGACAGGAAGAGGUUUGUUCUCAAGCACAUAUCCAGUUUCAUUGAGAUGCAGUGUAUUCAUGUUUAAUGUUCUUGGUUGCUUCAUUUAUUAAGCUUACACAAUACAAAAUCGUGUUUAGUGUGUUUAACACGCUACACAAAUUACACAUACAAGUCACUGUAGAUUUUAUUUUAUUUUAAACGUCUGAAGCAUGUAAUACACAAAUGCUUUAAACAAAAUGGGUGUGGAGUUUAAAAAAAGAUGUGGGGCUCUUCACAGUCUGUGCAGAUUUAUUUUGUUGUUAGACUAAAGAGUAAUACACUCAGUGUUCUUUUUCAAGAAAAAGAAAGACUUUUCAGAGAUAUGCUGGGCUAAACAUUUAGUUCUGUUUCACCCUUUUCUUCUUCUUGCCCUUUACAAGUUGGAACUGUUAGCCAACACUGCUUUGCCUGCAGCUUACAGAACAAGAAGUAUGACACAAACGGCCUUUGUUGUACUGAAGGGAAGACUAUUCCUCCUGCUGUUAUCAUAAUGAUUUCUCUGUUCCUGGUCUGAUCUUCAGAGAAUCUGAAUGGUUCCAGAACAAUAACUUAAAAGGAAAACUGGAGAAAUAAUAUACAUCAAGAUGGAUGGAUUCUUAGCUACACCCUGAAAAAGAGAAAAAGAAGAACAUGAACACUGAUGUUGUUGAGACUUCAGAAAGGGGAAGGAGGUUAUUUGGUGGGUUGGUUCCGUGUGAUGAUACAAUAGCAACUGAACACUUUGUGAUAUGAGGAGGUGGUCUUAGACAUCUUGUUCUGUGACACUGAGAAUCCAAUCUGAAUAUGACCGUGGGAUGAGUGGAUGUAAUAGAUAUAAAGGGAUGGGGUUUUGGGGAUUGGAUACAGAGAGAGGAAAGGAGUGGAGGCUUUACUGACUGACAUCUUUGUAAGGUGUGUGUAACGUCUAAGAUUUUGAGUAUGUUACGGGGAUCAUGUAUGUUUUGUAUUAAUCAUAUUUUACAUUUAGAAAUUUGGUAAUACUUCAACGUAUAAUUAACACUCUUCAUAUUAUGCCUGUUACCCAGACACUGGUACAUUACUAUAAUUAUAUUAACUAUCAUAUUAUUCCAUUGAUAUGUGUUAGUCAUGUGCCACAGAAACCUUGUAAAUGUAAAUGUAUUAAUGAAUAUUAAUAAAUAUUCAUUGUAGUAAUACUGAAAGUUAUUUAUGUUUAUCUUGAUGUUCUGCAUUGUGCUCUUUGAGGGCUUUCCAGCCUAAAGUUAUGGGAGUGCUAUGAACGUUGUUCUGAUAUAUUUUCAUUCUGUUAUUAUUUUUCAUGAAUCUGUAUUGUAAUGUUGUUUGAUUACAGGAAGCGGAUAUGUGAUUAAUGAGAGAAUCAUCAAUCAGAAGCUCAAAUUAUGUCAAUAAGAAAUCUAUUAAAUGAAAUGUUUUUGUUGACUUAACUAACUUGAUGUUUAUAUCGCUGGAUAUGUAUUCACUAUUUCUUUUAAAUAAAUCA